AUUUAACCGACAUAAAUUUAUUGAAAUAAAAUAUUUUAUCUACAAAUUUAAUACAUUUUUUUACAGACACAUAUUCAUACUUUAUUUAUAUCGUUCUCAGGUUAUGGAAUGACAAAGAUUUAUUUUAUUCGCAGUAAAAUAAUACUUUUUUUAAAGACACGUACACCGAAUAUAAUACUUCCAUUUAUAUAAAUUCAAACAUUUAAAAACAUAUUAUUGAUCAGUAACAUACUAACUUUUAUAUUUUAAUAGUUAAACGUUAUUUAAAAAGUUUCUGUUAUAUAAUGUACGAUUUAUAUUACAAAGCAGCAGACAUUUUGUAUUUUUCUGAAGAAGUUCUCUGAAGUUCUUUGUGUCAGUUCGUUAUUUUUUUUGUUACUAGUAUCGAUUACUUAAAAGAUAUUGAUUGGAAACUUUAAAAGCAAUAGUGGAACUCGCAAUAAAUAACUUAAAACGAUGAUGGUGACAGCCCUGAGGUCAUUCACACGGAUUUGUUCAUAGGUCUGGGUCCGAUUAGCGGAUUCAUCUGCGCCAUAUAAGCACACAGCCAGCUGGAAUAGUAAUAAAAACACCAUUAAAAUAAUUAUAUAUGUAAUUGUUAUAUUUUUUUUUCAAUUCAUAGUUCAUUCAAUAUUAUCAUCAGCCCAUUCAGAAAUCAGAAACAAUAUAUGUAUCUUUAUUCAAAUUGAAUGAAUAGCUCUUAUGAAUCGUCCAAACAUUUUUUUCCCCUACCACUCAUUAUUGGACAUAUUUUUAAGUUACAGGGGAAAAUGAGCGAAAUAACAUUAAAUGUAUUGACAUUGUCUUUUCCUUUUUAUUUGCUGAUGCUCAAGGAAAAAGCUUUCAUAAAAUAAGUCUGUGUGUAGAACAAGGACACUAUUGCACAAUGUGAUUUUGAGAGCUGUAUCAUCUUUGCAACUUCCUCAAUUUUAUUCCAUAGAUAACUUCUACAACGUAUAAGAAAAAUUUAAGAAAAAAAAUCAAGGCAAAAAGGGGUAUAUCUUUGUAUAUCUACUAGCUUUUGCACACUGCUUUGCUCAUGAUGCGCUCUACGCAACGCCGUAAAAAUAUAAAGAAUGCUUGUAAACAUAAAGUUAAUAAGAAGAAACGAUAUAGAUCAAGAAGUGCUUUAGGAUGUGUGCAAAACAUAUCAAUUUUAGAUCUUGAAAACAUAAAUGAAGUCCUACGAGUUUAUAAGACGCAACGUGCAGAGGGCAAAGGGGCCUGGAAAGUUGUACCCAAGGACUCCUGUGAAGUUUAUAAAAAUAGAAGAAAGCGUCAGGCAGAAUCAAGUCACCACAAUGAAGAUAAUGAUGAAAGUGGAAGAUCGACAGACAGCGACAACGAAAAUAAAACUGGUGCAAAGAAACCAAAGAGGAACGGAGUAAAUGUGAAAAAGGAACCACUGCGUAAAACUAAAAGACGGCGAAAGUUAAACAAACACAGGCGCUCGCAGCAACGGUCGGAUUCCACGUCUAUCAGCACAACUACUAUGUACUCGUCUUGUUUUAGUUCAUCAGAAAUGGAUUAUGAUGAUGAUUAAAAUGUGAAUUGUGAAAUUCUGAAUAAUUAUGAUGUUCCAUUAAAAAUAUAGUUUUCUUUACUUUCAUUUUAAUAAUUAAAUUUUUGUAAUUAUGUUAUAAAGCUUUAUACG